CAGACACGAUCUGUUCGCGGGAAAGGAGCCCGACAGCAACACGGAAAAAGGGGACACACGAGUGAACGAUCCGUCCAAAACUUAAGUUACGAUAUAAACCUUUAUCUCAGAUCGCCUGCUGCAGGAUUGCAAGGAUGCUUUUCCGCUCCGUUGUUGGCAGAGAAGUGGGGAGAAGUAGGAGGAAUGCUGCAGAUCCUCGCUCCAGGAUCCCUCUGAGCUCACUGCUUGAAGGUUACGAGUGCGUCCGACAUGAUGAGCACAUCUCCUACGGGAAUACAGGCGAAACUGUGCCACCGUUUGGAUUGGCUUUCUGCUCUGCGGGGAACCUGCAGAAUGCCCUCGCAUCAGCAAAUGAAGAAGGCAUUGUCAGGAUCUACAACACAGAGAACCGCAAAAACCCUAUUCUUAAAGAAUGGAUGGCUCAUGAAAACGCGGUGUUUGACAUUGCGUGGGUCCCAGGAGAGCCUCAGCUUGUGACUGCAGCAGGUGAUCAGAUGGCCCGGCUCUGGGAUGUGAAGUCAGGAGACGCAUUAGGCAGCUUUAAGGGCCACCUCUGCAGCCUCAAAUCUGUGUCUUUCGCCCCAGAAGAGAAAGCUGUAUUCUGCACUGGGGCCAGAGAUGGAAAUAUUAUGGUCUGGGAUAUCAGGUGCAGCAAAAAGGAUGGUUUUUACAGACAGGUGAAGCAGAUCAGCGGUGCGCACAACAAAGCAGAGACAAACUCCUCCUCUAAGACGAAGAAGAGACGGAGUGGCAUGCGUGGCAUGGCUCCUAGUGUAGACACCCAGCAGAGUGUUACAGUAGUUUUGUUUCGGGAUCAACACACUCUCAUCUCUUCUGGGGCUGUUGAUGGAGUCGUCAAGAUAUGGGAUCUGAGGAAGAACUACACUGCGCACUCUCACGAGCCUGUACCUCUGCAGACAUAUCCGUACGCUGGCUCUUGCACACGGAUGCGGCUGGGCUAUUCAGGGCUUGUUCUGGACUCCUCAAGAUCCAACGUCAUGUGUAACUGCACGGACGACAACAUCUACAUGUUCAAUGUCUGUGGAAUAAAACGGACUCCAGUGGCAGUUUUCAGUGGCCACCAGAACUCUUCCUUUUAUGUCAAGUCCACCAUCAGUCCAGACGACCAGUUCCUGGCCAGUGGCUCCACUGACAAAAACACAUACAUUUGGAAAAUAUCUGACCCUCAGCAUCCUCCCAUGAUGCUACAGGGUCACAAUGAGGAAGUGACAUCCGUCGUGUGGUGUCCAACAGAUUUUACUAAGAUUGCUUCCUGCGCUGAUGACCACACGGUACGGAUCUGGCGGCUUCACCGGAAAACUGACGGAGUACAGACAUCGGUGGGGGAAGCCAACUUGGUUGGUUGGGCACGUCCCACGCUUCCCUUAAGACCGUCGGUUACAGCCGAGAGAACUCCUGCCAAGACCCAGAGGACAGAGAGUCUUGGUGGCCUGGCCUCCCCCCUGCUUGCCUCCUGUGCCCCCAGCGGAGCUGCCCUGCCUCUCCCUUCCAGCACCACGUCCCCCAUCCCCUCUAAGAGGCCUGCUGGUCAUCAGAGAACACCGUGCUCUAUCAAGCAGUGGUUAUCCCCGACCCAAGGAUCGCCCGGCCAGGUCACCCCUCCACCCCGUCCGGUGCUGAGCCUGUGUCAACAGAGCCCAGUGAGCAGCGCCUCUCCGACAGAACGACGAGCCAAACGCAGGCUGGAAACUGGCAGCGGCUCGUCUUUGGACUGCGAUGGUGCCAAGCAGUGCGACUGUGUGACUGAGCUCCAGCCUGCAGCCAAGAGAAGCCGUGCCCUGCCGGGUGUCUGCUGCCUUGCUCAGCAGAGCCCAGCUCAGACAGACUAUCACAAAGAAGAUGGCAAACAGGGCUCAUCAGCACAGGCUGGGAAGGAAAACUGCUCUCCUAGUGCAAAAAACUGGUUGUCAGAGAUGGGGAAAAAAAUGAGGAAAGGUCAGAGAAGUCCUUGCUCACCCAGGAGUCCCAGUACCUGUAAGAAACAAGAAAACAGGACACCGGCUUCACCAACUAUCCACUCACCACAGACCAUGAAGAAAAUCUCAAUGUAUUUUGCAAGAAGGCCUCUGGAGUGAACCAUCAUAGCCAUGAAGAUGUUUUAUUUCGGGUAUUUUUUAAGUGGACUAAACAGACACUACGCCUCUGUCAACCCAAUGUCACGUAUUCUGUGUUCAGAGAUCAACAAAGCAGUCAUGCUGAGUAUUUGAUGUUUUUGUUAUUACCAUUACCUGUUUUUUUCCCCAAUUACAUCCAAUGUUUUGCAUUUGGCUCCUACAUGAUAAUCUGUUCUGGUUGUUGCAAAGUAAAUCUACAAUUUUACUCUUAACAAAUACCUUUCAGAAGUUAUUUUGUAUUUUAUACUUUGAUUGGUCAGAAGUUUCAUUUGGUAUUAUUUCUGCAGAGAAAAUAUUUGCCUACUGGUGUGGAUAGUGUACAUUCUGAAAAUUUUUUUUUUUCUUUUUUUAAUUUUUCAACUUUUUUGUCCGUUUUAAGGACUGUAUUCCUUUGAAAAGUCACCAGUUCACAAAUACGCUUUGUAACAGUUUGAAAACAAGCAGUUCAUAUCUAUCUUGUUGUUUUCUUUAUGCAUUACAACAGUGUUGCACAUAAGAUUUGCAAGGUGUGUUUUUAUUUUCCUCUUAAGCAAAUGUGAAGUGAUGUUUAAGUUGUCUAUAUGUACAAAAUAACCAAAUGUUUGUUGGACUGACGUUUCCUGUAACAUUUUUAUUAAAUUGUAAAUGGCCUACAU